UAAAUAAACGCUCCAUUUCGUUAGAUCCCGAUGCGCUCGUGUCACACCACACGCUUCGCACGUUCCAUAAGCAAUUACUGGAUGGCUGUGGGGUCUUAUCCCCUCUCUCCUCCUACGGCAAUGCUAUUUACCACUACAUUGUGAAGACGUUUGCGGUUCGCAAUGGCUGUCGUCAUAGCUCCUCCGACAUUGAGGGUUUUGGCCGCACAUUAUGUAGCCUCUGUGGGGAGGUGAAGGCCGUCCUACAGAGGGAACCACGACAUGGAAGUGUUGUUUCCCCAUGUUAUGUCUUUGGCGACCUACAUGGUAACUUUUUGGAUCUAUUCUACUUUCUCGAUAAUCUUAUCUCGUUUCAGGAUCUGCGUUACACCCCGCAUCGCUUUCUUUUUCUUGGUGACUACGUGGAUCGCGGGGAGUUUAGUGUGGAGGUGUUGGCAUACCUCUUCGCCAUGAAAGUGCUGGCACCAGAGAAGGUGCUGCUGCUGCGUGGCAAUCACGAGGACACACUCGUCAGUGGGGACAUCUCCGGAUAUGGCAACAACAGCUUUCGAGCGCAAUGUCAAAACCUUUUUGGCCACGCUCUUGGUGAGGAACUGUGGCACCGUGCAAGUGAGACAUUUGCCUAUCUCCCACUCACUGCAAACAUUGAUGGGCGCAUCUUCUGCACCCAUGGCGGAAUCCCACGCUACCGCGGUGGUGUAGAUGACAGGCUGCAUAUAUUAAGCCGGAGCGAUUUUCCUGCAUUUGAGUCUUUCUUUCAAGUUCCCGAAGAGGAUACGGCAUACAUGCGUAUGUGUCGGCAGAUGGCCAUGGACACAUGUUGGGCCGAUCCCGCUGAGGAUGAGAGCACACUUGACAAGUGGGGUUUUGGUGCCAAUCCGCGCGGUUCUGGCGUUAUUGUCUUUGGCUCCGUUGCCGUGGAUCAUUUUCUUUUAAAUAAUAACUUUGAAUACAUCUUCCGUGCCCACCAAGAGAAGUCAGAUGGGCUGAAACUCAGUAAGAGUGCCCGGGUCUUUACAAUAUUUAGCACCAGCGCGUAUGUUGGGCACGAAAACGGUGCCGGUGUUGUACUUGUGGCGGAUGGGAAGAUUCGACUGAUUAUUAAAAGCGCCGAUGACACCGCUCGUACACCAGUAGUAGCGGAGGAAGAGGAAGACAAGGACGAAGAAGAAGAGGAAAAAGAGGCUGAGAUUGAAGCGGAGGAGAGGGAGGAGAAAAAGAAUGAAAAAAUGCGAAAAUCAUCACGUCUGGUGAGAUAA